CCAGUAGGGGGCUGUGAUGUUUUAAACAUGCUUAUGAAACUACUGAGAACUGUGCAUGAAUCUAAUAUCUCAUGAGACGUAUUGUUAACUUUGUACUUGUAAUGCCAAAGUGCAUGCACAAAUGCAAUAAAACAUUUCUCAAAGUUAAGGUUCUCACUUGCUCGUUCACACAGGAAAAUCGGUCAGCAGCUUAUUUUUGUGAACAUGCAGCUUAUUUCGUGAACAUAAAGUUCACACUUAACUCGCUACGCAUUGUGUGUCAACAGUGCAGGAAGUUGAGGGUUGCGUUAAGAAGGAAGCCAUGCAAGCUCAGAGCUAAAAAGGAAUACUGGCACCAAGGCUUCUCUGUUGUCUAUGCUUAGCAAGACUGAAAAGUGGAUAGAUCCUUGAGCAGAAGCCACAUGUGAGCAGCCAUGUCAGGCAGAAGAUCUAAAAAGAACCAGAAACUUGGUUCAUCUCGACGAGGUACAAGAGGCCUCAAAGUUAAUGAGGACAAAGAUAAUGAUGAUGGGCAGGAUGAGGUUCACACCAACACUGAAAACCAAACAGAAGCCACUGUUUCACAAACCCAGGUUGCUGAACAUCUUCCAAGCUUGAACAUUGAUCGCCUAACACCAGUUUUAGAAAGUUCUCCAGACGCAUUGAUUCACAAGGAUUUCGAAGCGGAAGCCGAAGUUCCUGAACGAAAAAGAAAAAUAGGAUCAACGCGCCAGAACACUGGUGGGAGAAAACUUAAACCGUGUGAUGAGGUGAGAACAACAGAAGAGUUUGGUGAAGAACAAGUCACUCAACUGAAUGCAUCAACCAUUGAAGAAGAACACAUCUCCUUUAUAGAAGAUGAACGGAGUAAUCCUCAUGAGCAGUCAACAAUCGAUUUGCCAAGUGACGUGCCGAUGGGGCAACCUAUACCCCAUUAUGGGGAUGUCACGGCAGCAGAAGGUGGGCAAGAAACCCCACUAGCCAGCAACUCUGGACAGAAAAGAAAAAUGGGCUCGACUCGUAAGCCUCGUGGAGGAAAUAGAGGAUGGGAAAAUGUAGAGGUACAAGAUCUUUUAAGUAAUGAGACAGGGGAUGUAUGGAAAGCAGAAGUCAAAAGCAGUAGUGAAGCAGAGUUCGGCAUGUUAACAGAGAUGAUGCAAACGUGGGAUGAUGUGAAACGAAGGGAGAGUCCGGCAAAUAAAACAAACCACACAGAAUCAGCUUUUGUUUCAAGUGAAUCCCUCUCAUAUGAAAGAGCUAAAGAGCCUGAAGCUUUGGCUGGAACUGAAACUACCAACCUAUCAGUUACUUUUUCGGUUGUUAAUCCAACAAAGCCAGCAUCCGAAACAUCUAGUCAUCAUGAAGAGUCAUUUUUAAAUUCAUCUUCAGACACAAACAUUCACACUGAGGAGUUAAAAGUUUGUCAAAAUGUGACUGUGUCACCUCCUACUCAGUCAGACAGUUUUGCACUAAAUGCAGAUUUCACAGAUUUCAACAUUAGCUACCAAGAUUUAAGACACGAUACAAACACUUCACAGGACUGCAAUUCUGUAAAAUUAGGAGAAGUUGAAGAGGAACCAUGUGGAAAUAGUUCAAAUAUUUCAUCAUCAAAACAAGAUGAAUUAGAUAAACUUGUGGUUAUUGACAAAGAACCUCUUUCUUCAUCCUGUACUCUUGGUGGUGCUCCUAAAGAUGAUAAUUGUGAAUUUUUUACUGAUGUACUUACAGCAGAAGACAGCAAAGUGUCUGAUACACCGACAGUAACAGAUUCAACAGCCGAAAUGAGCAAUACACCCCCUGACAUUUACAGUUUAGAGGAUGAAGAGAUUAUAAGGUCAAACAUUUUAGGACAAAGGAUGGAGAUGAAGGAAGAGUCUACCAGACUGCAAAUGAAGCACAUAGAGGAGAAUUUGAAUAUGGAGGCAACUGAAGAGCGUACAGAAAUACAGUCAGAGAUGCAGCAGGGAGAAAUGUCUGCUUUUUCUGCAGACUUUAAUUUGGCAAACUUGCCACCUGUAUCAAGGGAUUUACAUAAUAGCAAUAUAAAGCUUAGUAGUCUGUUGCCUGAGGACAGUAUAUUAUCUUGUAAUGUCAUGGCUGAGAUUGUGAUUUCAAAUAAUCCUACAAUAAAUAGUGAAGAGUCUUCUGCAAGUUUUCCCAAGGUGGAAAAUGUUCGAGAAAGUCAGGAGAUUUGUGUGGAAAUGAAAGAGGAAAAGGCUGUUAAUGAUGUUGUUGAAACAUCAGUAACGUUUGAUGUUUCUGUGACUGAAAUUGUGACUAAUGUAGAGGAUUUUACAGAACUAGCUGUAGAUCAAACUUUGGCAGCAAAAAUAGGACCUGAAACAGAUGCUUUUGAAAUGAUAGACCAGGAUAAUGUCAAAGACAACAAUACUGAGCAAAUAUUUACAGAUGCAAAAGAUGUAGAAGAGGAGAGAGAUACAAUGACUGAAAUGGUUAUGGAUGCAGAGGAUUUUACCGAACAAGGUGUAGAUCUCCAGACUUUGGCUACAAUGGAAAUUGAGAGUAUGGGUGCUAAAACAAGUCCUGAAACAGAUGCAUUUGAAAUGAUAGACCAGGAUAUUAUUAAAGACGAUGUUAAAGAUGACAAUAUGUUGCAGAACUUUAUAGAUGCAGAAGAUAAUGAAGGAGAGGAGGGAGGUACCACACAGUCUUGUGAGGUUUCUACACAACAAGAGCUAGAACAACAGCAAAUGUUUACAUCAGAUACAUCUCAAAUACAAGUCAACCCAUCACAAGAUGAUGCAGAGAGGAUAGAAAAUACGACAGAGGUUUUAGAAGAUGUGGGAUUUCUACUUCCUGAUGAAGGAAGCUAUGUCAUCCAAGGUAUCUUUGAGAAAAAAGCAGAAAAGGAGAUACUUCUAUAUGCAAAAUCAAAGGGUCCAGUUUUUAAUAAAGACGAUGAGAGUAGUAAAUUAUACAAAGUAACUGAAGAAUUUAAAGAAACAGGAGAACAUGAGAAGAUUGAUGGAUCACCUGUUGCAUCAUUAGACGUGGCAGAACCUUUAGAAAAUGUUCAGGAUGAAGAUAAAAAGCAUUCUUCUGAUGUUAACCUUGAAGCAUUUCAUGUAUCUGAAAGUGCUGAGAUCAUUUCUGGAAGUUCACUAGAGUCAAACACUGUUCAAGAGCAAGCAGAUAUCAACAUAAUUCCAGAAGAUUCACAUGGAGACGACAUAAAUCCGAUUGUUUACAGGCAAGAAAUGAGCUUAAGCGUGAAUAAAGAUGCUGGUCUUGUUGUAGUUUUGGGUUCUGCUCUCAUGCCAUCAUCAUGUAGUUCAGAUAUAGUGUCUGAGGAAUCCACUGAAGAGAGAACCUGUGACAUCACAGAAUCAGAAACUCCCAUAAAAUUCCAUGAAGAAUCUCAGGAAAAUGCUGGACAUGUUGUACCAGUAGAGGGAGACACAGAACCACGUUUAGAAAUUCAAACAGCGAUUAUGUUGGACUCAACAGUAGUUAAAGAAGAAACAGAAAAGAUAAACUUGGAGUUUAAUGUUCUUGUAAGAGAAGUUGAGUUUGUUGUAGAUAAAGAUACAAUUGAAAGUAAUGUGACAGCUAAGUCAGAUUUUGCUCAAAGUAAUACAUCUGAUACAUGCAAGGAAGUGUUGGAAGCAUCUGAAAAUGUUGAGGGUGUUUCUGCUGUGACUGAUACUUUUGAUCUGCAAGAUGUUGUCUUAGCUGAUUCAGAAGAGAUAAACACAGGUUAUGAGAAAACUGAAAUCUUUAUUAAUCCAGAUGAUUCUCAAGCAGACGAGGAUAAAGAUAGAGCUGAUGAAAGAGUGAGAGAGGAGGCCACAGGCCUAGAUUUAGACUCUCAAGAGGAGAAAAAUGUGAUAGAUCACAAUAUAUUACAAACUAUAGUUUAUGUAAGAGAUAAUGAAGAACAUGAGAUGGCAGAAAGUUCAGUACAGGACCUGUGUGAUGAUGCGGCUGAGAAGUGUUAUGGAGACGACACAUCUAAAUAUGAGCAAAAAUCUUUAAGAAAUAUAUCUGACACACAAGAUGAUCCACCACAAACUGAUUCUGACAACUGGCUGGAAAGUGAGUGGGAAGUUGUAGAAGUGAGAGAUGGAGAAACUGAAGAUACAGCAGUUUAUGAUGAAGCCACAAAGUCAGAGGAAAUAUUAACUGUUGAAGACAUGAACUCAACAGUUACCGUAACAUCUGUCACACAUCAACACAGUGAAGAGGAACAGACGUCUCUCAGUACAAACACAGAAAAUGCAGCAUUUGUCAGGACGAAUGAGACAAGUGAUGAAAGCAAAGACAUUGAAGAUUUCACAGAAAGAAAAGAAGCAGAACUUCUGACCAAUGUAAACAUUAAGGACAAUGACAGUCAACUAGAUUUACAAACAGUAUUAACAGAAGUAGAAAAUUAUACCACCCUCCAAAUGAACCUGGACAAACUUCAAGUAACUGAACAUGCUGAGAAUGUUUCUACUGUGACUGAAUCUGGUCUCUCAUAUGGAGAUAUUUCAGGAGGAUCACACACAGUACAUGAGAACAUCACCGAAAUCCCAGAAGAUCCUCAGAAAGAGGAGAUACAAUCAGAAUUGAAUCCAUUUGUUCACAAACGAAAAAUGGGCUCAACUCGAAGACCUCUUAGAGGAAACAAAGGGCAAAGAAAAAACAGAGAACAAUAUGAUGAAAUUGAGACACUUAACAGUGAAAGUUUGAUUGAUGAGGAGAAAGAACAGGAGAAGAACAUUACUGUGGAUGCUGCUCCUCUUGAAGUGUUGGACUCUGCUCUCAUGCAUUCAUCAUGUACUUCAAAUUUAGUGUCUGAGAAAUCCACUGAAGAGAGAAUUUGUAACAUCACACAAUUACAAACUCCCAUAAAAUGUCAUGCAAAAUCACAGGAAAAUGCUGGAGAUGUUGAAAGAGAACCAAUAGACAAAGAGAAAGAAAAAGAUGUCAUGGACAAGGAAGAAAAAACAAAUGAGGACAAAACAGAACCACAUUCAGAAAUUCAAGAACAGAAAAAUGUUGUAGAUUCCAUGACGCAGAAAAUGAUAGAUGUAGCAUACAACAAAGAAGAAGAGACCCCAGAGACAGUAAAAGUUGCAGAAGAGAAGCUAUCUGAACAUCUAUUUAAAAAUAAGGAGUGGCAUGGAGAGAUAACAUCAGAACAAGAGCAAAAAUCUUUAUCAGUUUUAUCUCAACCACAAGAUGAUCCACCACAAGUUGACACUGAGAGGAUGCUGGAAAAUGAAAGUGAAGCUGGAGAGGAGAGAGAAAGAGAAACUAAAAAUACAGCAGUAAAUGAUGAAGACAUAAGUUCAGAGGAAAUACUUUCUCCUGAACACAUGAACUCAAAAGUUACUGACACAUCUGCCACACAUCAACAAAGUGAAGAGGAAGAGACUUCUCACAGUGCAAACACAGAACAUACAGCUUUUGACAGGACGAAUGAGACAAGUGAUGAGAGCAAAGAUUUCAGAGAAACUGAAUGUUCUGUCAAUGUUCAGGAUAAUGACAGUCAACCAGAUUUACAAACAGAAAACCCAGAAAAUAACAAAGUAUUAACAAAAGAGGAAAAUGAUACAACCCCUAAUAUAAACCCGGAAGAACUUCAAGUAACUGAACAUGCUGAGAAUAUUUCUUCUGUGACUGAAACUGAUCUUUCAUAUGGAGAUGCUGUCACAGUCGUUUCAGGAGAAUCACUCACAGUGCAAGAAAACGUCACAGAAGACUCUCAGAAAGAGGAGAUACAAUCAAAAUUGAAUCCACUUGUUAACAAACGAAAAAUGGGCUCAACACGAAGACCUAUGAGAGGAAACAAAGGGCAAAGAAAAAUCAGAGAACAAUAUGAUGAAAGUGAGACACUUAACAGUGAAAGUUUGAUCGAUGAGGAGAAGGAACAGGAAAGGGAAAUAAGUAUGGAGAAAGAUGCUGCUCUUGUUGAAGUGUUGGACUCUGUUCUCAUGCCGUCAUCAUGUAGUUCAGAUUUAGUGUCUGAGGAAUCUACUGAAGAGAGAAUCUGUGACAUCACACAAUCACAAACUCCCAUAAAAUGUCAUACAGGAUCACUGGAAAAUGCUGGAGAUAUUGAAGGAGAACAACUAGACCAAGAAACAGAACCACAUAUAGAAAUACAGACACAGAUUAAAAUGCUUGACUCAUCAACUACUGAAGGAGAAGGAACAGAAGAAAGCAUCUUUGAAGUUAAUGUUGUCAACAGACAAGUUGAGUUUGUUGGAGAUACAGUUACAGUGCAUGGUAGUCUGACAAUUGAGUCAGAUUUUCUUCAAAAUGAUACAUUUGAUACAAACAAGGAAUCAUUUGAAGCAUCUGAAAAUGUUGAGAAUGUUCCUGCCCUGACUGAUGCUGGUCUUCUGCAAGAGAUAAAGAAAGGAGCUAGUGAAGAAGUGUCAGAGGAGGACACAGGCCUACAUUUAGAAACUCUGGAUCAAAAUAAUGUGACAGAUCACAACAAAAUGCAAAAUGUAAUCAAUGUAAGAGAAAAUGAAGAACAUGAGAUCGCAGAGAUGGUGAGCAGGUCAACACAGGAACUUUGUGGUUAUGCCGCUGAUAAAGAGAAGUUGCAUGGAGAGAUUACAUGUGAACAACAGCAAAUGUCUUCAUCAAAUUUAUCUCAGACACAAGAUAAUCUACCACAAGUUGACACUGUGAUGAUGCUGGAAAGUAAGACAGAAGUUGGAGAAGAGAGAGAUGGAGAAACUGAAGAUACAUCAGUUAAUUAUGAAGCCACAAAGUCAGAAGAAAUAUUAACUCUUCAAAAUAUGACCUUAACAAUUCCUGUCACAUCUGUCACACAUCAACACAGUGAAAAGGAAGAGACGUCUCUGAGUGUAAAUACAGAAAAUGCAGUGUUUGACAGGAUGAAUGAGACAAGUGAUGAAAGCAAAGAGAUUGAAGAUUUCACAGAAAGAAAAGAAGCAGAACAUCUAACCAAUGUGAACAUUCAGGACAAUGACAGUCAACCAGAUUUACAAACAGUAUUUACAGGAGAGGAAAAUGAUACAACACCUCAAUUGAAAGAACUUCACAAAACUGAACAUGCUGAGGGUGUUUCUACUGUGACUGAAUCUGGUCUCUCAUAUGGAGAUAUUUCAGGAGAAUCAUACACAGUACAUGAGAACAUCACCGAAAUCCCAGAAGAUUCUCAGAAAGAGGAAAUACAAUCAGAAUUAAAUCCGAUUGUUCACAAGAGAAAAAUGGGCUCAACACGGAGACCUCUUAGAGGAAACAAAGGGCAAAGAAAAAACAGAGAACAAUAUGAUGAAAGUGAGACACAUAACAGAGAAAGUUUGAUCAGUGAUGUGACAAAACAGGAAAGAGAAAUAAGUGUGGAGAAAGAUGCUGCUAUUGUUGAAGCGUUGGACUCUGCUCUCAUGCCGUCAUCAUGUAGUUCAGAUUUAGUGUCUGAGGAAUCCACUGCAGAGAGAAUCUGUGACAUCACACAAUCACAAACCCCCAUAAAAUGUCAUACAGGAUCACAGGAAAAUGCUGGAGAUGUUGAAGGGGAACCAAUAGAACAAAACACAGAAGCUAUUGUUGGAGCUACAGUUACAGUGCAGAGUAAAAUGAUAAUUGAGUCAGAUUUUCUGCAUAAUAAUCCCCUUGAUACAAAUGAGGAGAUGUUGAAAGGAUUUGAUAAUGUUGAAGGUGUUUCUGCUGUAACUGAUGCUGGUCAUCUUCUGCAAAAUGUUGAUUCAGAAAAGACAGACACAGUUCCAGAGAAAAGUAAAAUAAGCAUCAAUCCAGAAGAUUCUCAAGAAGAAGAUUCACAAUCGAAAUUGAGUCCACUUAUUCCCAAACGAAAAAUGGGCUCAACUCGCAGACCACUCAGAGGAAACAAAGAGAAAGGACAAGAUGUCAAGGAAAAGGAAGAAAAAACAAUUGAGAACGAAACAGAACCACAUUCAGAAAAUCAAGAACAGAAAAUUUGUGUAGAUCCCAUGAUGCAGAAAAUAAUGGAUGUUGGAUACAACCAAGAAGAAGAGAUCUCAGAGACAGUAAGCGUUGCAGAAGAGAAGCUAUCUGAACAUCCAUUUGAAAAUAAGGAGUGGCAUGGAGAGAUAACAUCAGAACAAGAGCAAAAAUCUUCAUCAAUUAUAUCUCAGACACAAGAUGAUCCACCACAAGUUGACACUGAGAGGACAAUGGAAAGUGAGAGUGAAGCUGUAGAAAAGAAGGAUGGAGAAAAUGAAAAUAGAGCAGUAAAUGAUGAUGCAAGAAGUACUGAAAAAAUACUAAUUAUUGAAGACAUGAACUCAACAGUCACAUCUGUCACACAUCAACAAAGUGAAGAGGAAGAGACGUCUCACAGUGCAAACACAGAAUAUAAGAAGUUUGAAGAUUUUACAGAAACAGAAGUAGCAGAACAUCUAACCAAUGUCAAUGUUCAGGUUUAUGACAGUGAACCAGAUGUACAAAUCGAAAACCCAGAGAAUAACAAAGCAUUAAAAGAAGAGGAAAAUGAUACAACCCCUAAUAUAAACCUGGAAGAACUUCAAGUAACUGAACAUGCUGAGAGUAUUUCUACUGUGACUGAAUCUGGUCUCUCAUACAGAGAUGUUGUCACUGUAGUUUCAGAAGAAUCACUUACAGUACAUGAAAACAUCACAGAAGACUCUCAGAAAGAGGAAAUACAAGCAGAAUUAAAUCCGAUUGUUCACAAAAGAAAAAUGGGCUCAACCCGAAGACCUCUUAGAGGAAACAAAGGGCAAAGAAAAAACAGGGAACAAUAUGAAGAAAGUGAGACACUUAACAGUGAAAGUUUGAUCGAUGAGGAGAAAGAACAGGAAAGGGAAAUAAGUAUGGAGAAAGAUGCUGCUCCUGUUGAAGUGUUGGACUCUGUCCUCAUGCCGUCAUCAUGUAGUUCAGAUUUAGUGUCUGAGGAAUCUACUGAAGAGAGAAUCUGUGACAUCACACAAUCACAAACUCCCAUAAAAUGUCAUACAGGAUCACAGGAAAAUGCUGGAGAUAUUGAAGGAGAACAACUAGACCAAGACACAGAACCACACAUAGAAAUUCAAACAGCGAUUAAAAUGCUUCACUCAUCAGCUGCUGAAGGAGAAGGAACAGAAGAGCGCAUCUUUGAAGUUAAUGUUGUCAAAAGACAAGUUGAGUUUGUUGGAGAUACAGUUACAGUGCAUGGUAGUAUGACAAUUGAGUCAGAUUUUCUUAAAAAUAAUACAUCUGAUACAAACAAGGAAUCAUUUGAAGCAUCUGAACAUUUUGAAAGUGUUUCUGCUCUGAGUGAUGCUGGUCUUCUUCUACAAGAUGUUGAUUCAGAAAAGACAGACACCGUUUCAGAGAAAACUGAAAUCAGCAUUAAUCCAGAAGAUUCUCAAGGAGAAGAUUCACAAUCGAAAUUGACUCCAGUUGUUCACAAACGAAAAAUGGGCUCAACUCGCAGACCACUCAAAGGAAACAAAGAGAAAAUCAAAAGUGGAAAAGAGAUAAAGAAAGAAGGUAGUAAAGAAGUGUCAGAGGAGGACACAGACCUACAUUCAGAAACUCAGGAUCAGAAUAAUGUGACAGAUCACAACAUAAUCCAAACUAUAAUCAAUGUAAGAGAAAAUGAAGAACAUGAGAUCACAGAGACAGUGAGCAGGUCAACACAGGAACUUUGUGGUUAUGCCACUGAUAAAGAGAAGUUGCAUGGACAGAUUACAUCUGAACAACAGCAAAUGUCUUCAUCAAAUUUAUCUCAGACACAAGAUAAUCCACCACAAGUUGACACUGUGAUGAUACUGGAAAGUAACAGAGAAGUUGGAGAAGAGAGAGAUGGAGAAACUGAAGAUACAUCAGUUAAUGAUGAAGACACAAAGUCAGAAGAAAUAUUAACUCUUGAAAAUAUGACCUUAACAGUUCCUGUCACAUCUGUCACACAUCAACAGAGUGAAAAGGAAGAGACAUCUCUGAGUGUAAAUACAGAAAAUGCAGCGUUUGACAGGAUGAAUGAGACAAGUGAUGAAACCAAAGAGUUUGAAGAUUUUACAGAAAGAAAAGAAGCAGAACAUCUAACCAGUGUGAACAUUCAGGACAAUGACAGUCAACUAGAUUUACAAACAGUAUUUACAGAAGAGGAAAAUGAUACAACACCUCAUAUGCCAUUGGAAGAACUUCACAAAACUGAACAUGCUGAGAGUGUUUCUACUGUGACUGAAUCUGGUCUCUCUUAUGGAGAUAUUUCAGGAGAAUCACACACAGUACAUGAGAACAUCACCAAAAUCCCAGAAGAUUCUCAGAAAGAGGAAAUACAAUCAGAAUUAAAUCCGAUUGUUCACAAGAGAAAAAUGGGCUCAACUCGGAGACCUCUUAGAGGAAACAAAGGGCAAAGAAAAAACAGGGAACAAUAUGACGAAAGUGAGACACUUAACAGUGAAAGUUUGAUUGAUGAGGAGAAAGAACAGGACAAGGAAAUACGUGUGGAGAAAGAUGCUCGUCCUUUUGAAGUGCUGGACUCUGCUCUUAUGCUGUCAUAUUGUAGUUCAGAUUUAGUGUCUGAGGAAUCCACUGCAGAGAGAAUCUGUGACAUCACACAAUCACAAACUCCCAUAAAAUUGUAUGCAGAAUCACAGGAAAAUGUUGGAGAUGUUGAAGGGGACCAACUAGACCAAGAUAUAGAAACUACAGUUACAAUGCAGAGUAAUAUUACAAUUGAGUCAGAUUUGCUUCAAAAUAAUACAUCUGAUACAAACAAGGAAUCAUUUGAUGCUCCGGAAAAUGUUGAAAGUGUUUCUGCUUUGACUGAUGCUGGUCUUCUUCUGCAUGUUGAUUUAGGAGAGACAAGCAGAUCUUCAGAGAAAACUAAAAUCAGCAUCAAUCCAGAAGAUUCUCAAGAAGAAGAUUCACAAUCGAAAUUGAGUCCACUUAUUCCCAAACGAAAAAUGGGCUCAACUCGCAGACCACUCAGAGGAAACAAAGAGAAAGGACAAGUUGUCAAGGAAAAGGAAGAAAAAACAUUUGAGGAUGAAACAGAACCAGAUAUAGAAAAUCAAGAACAGAAAAUUUGUGUAGAUCCCAUGAUGCAGAAAAUGAUGGAUGUUGGAUACAACAAAGAAGAAGAUACCCCAGAGACAGUAAGCGUUGCAGAAGAGAAGCUAACUGAAAAUCCAUUUGAAAAUAAGGAGUGGCAUGGAGAGAUAACAUCAGAACAAGAGCAAUCUUCAUCAAUUAUAUCUCAAACACAAGAUGAUCCACCACAAGUUAACACUGAGAGGACAAUGGAAAGUGAGAGUGAAGCUGGAGAAAUGAAAGAUGGAGUAAUUGAAAAUACAGCAGUAAGUGAUGAUGCAAGAAGUACUGAAAAAAUACUAAUUAUUGAAGACAUGAACUCAACAGUCACAUCUGUCACACAUCAACAAAGUGGAGAGGAAGAGACGUCUCACAGUGCAAACACAGAAUAUAAGAAGUUUGAAGAUUUCACAGAAACAGAAGUAGCAGAACAUCCAACCAAUUUCGAUGUUCAGGAUAAUGACAGUGAACCAGAUUUACAAACCGGAAACCCAGAGAAUAAAAAAGGAUUUACGGAAGAGGAAAAUGAUAUAACACCUAAUAUAAACCUGGAAGAACUUCUAAAAGUAAAUGAAGUUGCUGCCAGUGUUACUACUGUGACUGAAUCUGAUCUCUCAUACAGAGAUGUUGUCACUGUAGUUUCAGAAGAAUCACUUACAGUACAUGAAAAAAUCACAGAAAUCCCAGAAGAUUCUCAGAAAGAGGAGAAUUUAAAUCCAAUUGUUCACAAGCGAAAAAUGGGCUCAACCCGUAGGCCUCUUAGAGGAAACAAAGGGCAAAGAAAAAACAGAGAACAAUAUGAAGAAAGUGAGUCAUUUAACAGUGAAAGUUUGAUUAAUGAGGAGAAAGAACAGGAAAGGGAUAUAUGUUUGGAGAAAGAUGCUGCUCCUCUUGAACUGUCGAACUCUGCUCUCAUGGCAUCAUCAUGUAGUUCAGAUUUAGUGUCUGAGGAAUCCACUGAAGAGAAAAUCUGUGACAUCACACAAUCACAAACUCUUAUGAAAGUUCAUGCAGAUACUCAGGAAAGAGAACCAAUAGAGCAAGACACAGAAGCUAUUGUUGGAGCUACAGUUACAAUGGAGAGUUAUAUGACAAUUGAGUCAGAUUUUCUGCAUGAUAAUACAAAUCAGGAGACAUUGAAAGCAUCUGAAUAUGUUGAAAGUGUUUCUGCUGUGACUGAUGCUGGUCUUCUUCUGCAAGAUGUUGAUUCUGGAGAGAAAACCAGAGUUUCAGAGAAAACGGAAAUCAGAAUCAAUCCAGAAGAUUCUCAAGGAGAAGAUUCACAAUUGAAACCGAGUCCAGUUGUUCACAAACGAAAAAUGGGCUCAACUCGCAGACCACUCAGAGGAAACAAAGAGAAAGGACAAGAUGUCAAGGAAAAGGAAGAAAAAAUAAAUGAGGAAGAAACAGAAUCACAUUCUAAAAUUCAAGAACAGAACAUUUUUGUAGAUCCUAUGAUGCCGAAAAUGCUGGAUGUUGGAUACAACAAAGAAGAGAUCUCAGAGACAAAUGAUCAAACGAAUCAGACUGAAGAAACGGGAGUAGAAGAACGUCUAACAAAUGUUAAUGCUCAGGAUAAUGAUAGCCAAUCAGAUUUACAAUCAGAAAAUCCAGAGAAACAUAUAUUACCAGCAGAGAAAGACACACAUGCACAUUUGGAAAUCCAAACAGAGAUCAAAAUGUUUGACUCAGCAAUUGUUGGAAGAGAAGGAACAGAAGAGAGCUUUCGUGAUGUUAAUGAUCCCAUGAGACAAGUUGAAUUUGUUGAUAUAAACCAGCAGGAGUUGGAAGCAUCCAAAAAUGUUGAAAGUGUUUCUCCUGUCAGUGAUGCUGGUCUUCAGAAAGAUGUUGGUUCAGAAGAGACAAACCCAGAAGAUUCACAAUUGAAAUUGAAUCCAGUUGUUCACAAACGAAAAAUGGGCUCAACUCGCAGACCACUCAGAGGGAAGACAGAGAAAGGAGAAGAUGGAGAAGGAAAGGCAUAUGAGGAAGACACAAAACCACACUCAGAUAUUCAAGAACAGAAUAAUGUUGUAGAUCAAAAACUGAUAAAUGUUGAACAUAUAGUAUUAACAGAAGAGGAAAAUGAUACAACCCCUCAUACGAACUUGGAAAAAGUUCAAGAAACUGAACAUGCUGAGAGUAUUUCUACUCUGACGACAUGUGGUUUCUCAUAUGGAGAUGUUGUCACUGAAGAGUCACAAACAGAACAAGAAAGCAUCACUGAAAUUCCUGAUGAUUCUCAGAUAGAGGAGAUAUCAAAAUUGAACCCACUUGUUCAAAAACGGAAAAUGGGCUCAACCCGGAAACCUCUCAGAGGAAACAAAGGGCAACGAAAAAACAGAGAACAAUAUGAUGAAAGUGAGACACUUAACAGUGAAAGUUUGAUCAGUGAUGAAACAGAACAGAAAAGAGAAAUAAGUGUGGAGAAAGAUGCUGCUCUUGUUGAAGUGUUGGGCUCUGUUCUCAUGCCGUCAUCAUAUAGUUCAGAUUUAGUGUCUGAGGAAUCCACCGCAGAGAGAAUAUAUGACAUCACACAAUCACAAACCCUUCAUGCAGAUACUCAGGAUAAUACUGGUAAUGUUGAAAGUUUACCAGCAGAGAGAGACACAAAUGCACAUUUGGAAUUCCAAACAGAGAUCAAAAUGUUUGACUCUGCAAUUGUUGGAAGAGAAGGAAUGGAGAUGAAUAUCUGUGAUGUUAAUGUUCUCAUGAGACAAGUUGAGUUUGUUACAUCUGAAAAUGUUGAGAGUGUUUCUGCUGUCUGUGAUGCUGGUCUUCAGAAAGAUGUUGGUUCAGAAGAGACAAACACAAUUUCUGUGAAAACUGAAAUCGGCAUCAAUCCAGAAGAUACUCAGCGAGGAGAUUCUCAAUCAAAAUUGACUCCAGUUGUUCAAAAACGAAAAAUGGGCUCAACUCGCAGACCACUAAGAGGAAACAAAGAAAAAGAAGAUUUCCAAGAAAAAGAUGGAGAAGAACAGGCAAAUAAGGAAGACAGAGAACCACACUCAGAAAUUCAAGAUCAGAAUAAUGUUGAAGACCAAAAAAUGAAGAAUGUUGAACAUAAUGAAGAUAAAGAGACUUCAGAGACCGUAAAAAUGGCAGGACAGGAAAUAAGUGAACAUCCAACUGAAAAUAAGGAGUGGCACAGAGAGAUUACAUUAGAACAAGAGCAAACACAAACAGGACCAUCACAGGAUGAUGCAUAUCAGAAUUUACCAGAGAUCCAAGAAAAAACGUCUGAUGUCCUGCCCAUGGAAGAAAACCAAAUUCACAUCUUAUCUCAGCCAGUUGUCUUGGUUGAAAGUCCUCAAAUUGAAGAUGGAGAAAUCCAUUCGGUCUCUAGCAGUUCCAUGCAGAAGAGAAGAAUGGGGUCAACCCGCAAGACUCUGAGAGGGAAAAAAACAGAAAAUGAGAGGGAAGUUGGAAACGAAAACAAUGGAGAAACACAAAAUGUACAAACUGAUGAUGGGGCUACAAAAUCAGAGGAAAAGUUUACUCUCGAAGAAGCGACAUCAUUAACAAUUACAAGAACUUAUGUAUGUCAUCAGCAACCAUUUAAUUCAACCCCUAAACAAGGCCGUGACAUUCAGGAUAAUGAAGGCGAAUUAGACAAGCAGACAGAAAACCCAGAAGAAAAUGAAGGGUCAGAGGAGAGAAGUGAAAAUUCUUAUACAAACCCAGAACCAUUAAACGUACCUGAAUAUGCUGACCCUACUCGACCAACAGAACCAGAAACUGUUACCACUGAAAAAAGAAGAAAGAUGGGCUCAACUCGCAAAAAUUUCAGAGGAAAGCGAGAGGUGAAGAGAGAAGAAUCUGAAGGCACAGAUCCUGCUGAUUCACAUGUGCAGAUACUGUUUGCACCAAGAGAUGACCAGAACAGCGACCAAAUAAUUCAUAGUCCUGAGCACUCAGAAAGCUCACUUCUCAGUGAGAUAGAGAGAGCGUUGAAUCAGACUUCUCAAAGUUCACAAAAUCUUGACUAUCAGUUGAUCAUGGAUGACCCAAAUUCGCAUCUCAAUACCCCAGAAACUUUAAAACCAGAACAUGGCCCCGACAAAGACUCUCUCCAGGUGACACAAUCACAGCGUCCUGAAAGUCCAUCUGAGCUCGGCUCACCAGGACGACGAAGAAAAAUGGGUUCGACUCGCAAGAGUCCCAGACAGCAACUGCAAGUGAAAAGGGAAGAUGAGGAGAUGGCAGAGGACUUGGAUAAAAAUAAGCAAGAACCAAAAGUUCUCAAAAAGGACCUUGAAGCAGCUGAGGAAUCUAAAGUGUGUGAUAUCGAAGAUCAAGAGGGGAAUAAAGAAUGUCUUGAUGUACCCAUUGGUCUGAAAACUAGCUGUCAACUAGAGGAAAGUGCUAAGUCUGGCAUCCAAGAAAGUACUUCACCAUCAACUAAAAGGAAAUUCGGGUCAAGGCGCACCAACAUGGCCAAGAAGGACUUUGGUGAGCUGAACCCAUCUGAAUGUGAGAAUGAAGAACGCAACAGUGAUGACAUAAUGAUAAAAAAAGCAGGACAAACUGGCAGCAGUCCUGGACAAAAACAGGCAGUUGAUUUAAAGAACAGGACUGCUCAAGAUAUGGAAAUGGUUCAGUUUAAUGUGGUGAUGGUGGGAGACAGUUGCGUGGGAAAGACAUCUUUCGUAAGACGCUUCCAUAAAGGAUACUUCACUCCAGAUUACUCCUCUACUAUUGGUGUUGACACCUGCGUACAGAAUGUUGUGUUGGAUGAAAGAGUUGUUAAACUGCAUAUAUGGGACACAGCCGGUCAAGAGAGGUUUCACAGCAUUACCACUCAGGUGUUUCACAGGGCCAAUGGCCUUCUGCUCAUGUAUGACAUCACAUCAUCAAAGAGUUUUAUGUCUGUGAGAAAUUGGAUUACUCAGGUUCAGGAAAAGGCUCCUGAUGAUGUCGUCAUGAUGUUGCUCGGCAACAAGAACGAUUCUGUCGAGCAUGAGCGUGAAGUCCAGGUUCAGGAAGGGGAGGAUCUCGCUAGAGAGUAUAAGAUUCAUUUCAUGGAGUGCAGUGCUGCGACUGGAGAUAAUGUGUCAGAAUGCAUGAAGAGUUUAGCUGAGUUGUUAGUACAGCGGAAGAGACAAAAGGUGGAAAAACACACAGCGUUGAAGAAAGAGCAACCACAGAAGAAGUCUGGUUGCUGUUGAAGACCACACAAAUGAAUGCAUACACAAACACUUCUCAAAAUACAAAUCCUAUAUAUAUAUAUAUAUAUUGUUGUUUAAAGGACAUUUUGUAUUUUAUAAAUAUGUAAAAACCAAAAUAUUGUACAAUAUGUAUCUCUUAAAACAUCACAGAUGUAACUAUUAUUUUAUUUCAUGUUUUUAAAUGCUUUAAGCUAAGUGGAUGUGAAUCCAAACAAAUAAAUGCUUAUAAAAA